GCCUGUGGUCGCCGCUGCUGCUGCUGCUGGUGGAGCUGGAGGAGUGAAGCUGGAGGAGUGAGGCUCGCAUGACAGAGGGGGGGUUGAGGUGACUUGUACACAGCAGGGAUUUGAAACAGGAGUUAAGUUUAUUUGACGCGCGUGUCGCGGCGCAGUUUCCGGGUCAGCACAGCGGCAGCCGAUUUGACACCGACAAAUGAUUUGUACGAAUCCCAGCAACAGGGCGCAGAGACAAAUGUCAGGCACGGUUUCAGCCGCGAGCACAGGGAAGCGCGACUAGUAUCACCGCAGCGCCGACACAUUUCCUCAGGGGUGGGGGGAGGUGGGGGGAGAGAAUGCGAAUGGUGCGAAGGUACCGAAAUCAAACGAAAUGGAAACCAUGUAGCGUCACUGCGGCAGUCCAUGUAGCUAGAACUAACGUUAGAGUAGAGAGUAGAUAGCCACAGGAGCUAACAUACAUGUAAAGUUAUUACCCGGAGACGCUGAAGCGGAGCCUGGAGGCGUGUGUUUGAAUCGGGGGAGUUAGCCAGUGUCACGACAUCAAAGAAGAUAAACAAGAAGAUGCUACGGAGAAGACUCAAUCGUUUGCUUGGCAGAGAUGAGAGAAUAGCAGACCGUAGGACAAUCUAUGUUGGUCAUCGAUCAGGAUCCACCAAUGAUGCCAUCAUUCCUCCCAAGUUCUGUGACAACAGGAUUGUGUCCUCCAAGUAUACAGUAUGGAACUUUCUACCAAAGAACCUGUUUGAACAGUUUAGAAGAAUUGCCAAUUUCUACUUCCUCAUCAUCUUCCUGGUGCAGGUGAUAGUAGACACUCCCACCAGCCCAGUCACCAGUGGCCUACCCUUAUUUUUUGUGAUCACCGUAACGGCCAUCAAGCAGGGCUACGAGGACUGGCUACGGCACAAGGCUGACAAUGAGGUGAACAAGUAUCCAGUCACAGUAAUCGAGGACGGCAGAAGAAUACGGAAGGAGAGCGAGAAGAUCAAGGUUGGAGAUGUUGUGCAGGUGGAAGAAGACGAGACCUUUCCCUGUGAUUUGAUACUGUUGCAGACGAGCCGAGACGAUGACACGUGUUUUGUCACCACAGCGAGUCUGGAUGGAGAGUCCAACCAUAAAACACACUACACCGUGCCAGACACAGGGAGGGAUCUGGAAUCUCUCAAUGCCACCAUCGAGUGUGAACAGCCUCAGCCUGACCUUUACAAGUUUGUUGGCCGCAUGCACAUCUACACAAGUAAUCAGGAUCCUGCGAUGAGGUCGUUGGGCCCAGAAAACCUACUGCUGAAAGGGGCAACUUUAAAGAACACUCAGAGGAUCAGUGGUGUUGCUGUUUACACUGGCAUGGAGACAAAGAUGGCUCUUAACUACCAAGGCAAAUCUCAGAAACGUUCUGCUGUGGAGAAGUCUAUAAAUGCCUUCCUACUCGUUUACCUUUGCAUAUUGGUGAGCAAGGCCCUUGUGUGUACUACACUGAAGUACGCGUGGCAAGGCACGCCUGGACAAGAUGAGCCUUGGUACAAUGAGAAAACGCAGACAGUGAAGGAAACCAAUUUUUACCUAAAGAUGUUCACUGACUUCCUGUCGUUCAUGGUGCUCUUCAACUUCAUCAUUCCGGUGUCCAUGUAUGUGACGGUUGAAAUGCAGAAGUUUUUGGGAUCCUUUUUCAUCACAUGGGACAAAGACUUCUUUGACCCAGAAAUCAAGGAGGGGGCACUGGUCAACACCUCAGACCUCAAUGAGGAGCUGGGACAGGUAGAGUAUGUCUUUACGGACAAGACGGGCACCCUCACGCAGAAUAACAUGGAGUUCAUCGAGUGCUGCAUCGACGGCUUCCAGUACAAGUACCGGGAUGCGAGCUCGGAGCUGGACGGAUUCUGCGUCACAGAUGGGCCUGUGAGCAAACUGCAGCAGAAAGCUGGCAGGGAGAGGGAAGAGCUGUUCCUGCGUGCCCUAUGUCUGUGCCACACAGUCCAGGUCAAGGAGCCCAUAGAGUGUCAUGACCAAGGAGACGGACUGAUGGACCAGGUCGAUGGCUUAGAGGCAGAUGGACAGGAAACGUCUUCCCUGCAGGAGCAGAGGGGCUUUAUUGCCUCCUCGCCUGAUGAGGUCGCUCUGGUCAAGGGUGCCAUGAGGUAUGGCUUCACAUUUCUGGGUCUUGAAAGUAAAACCAUGAAAAUUCUCAACAGAGACAAUGCUGUCGAAAUGUAUGAACUACUUCACGUGUUGAACUUUGACCCAGUGAGAAGACGAAUGAGUGUAAUAGUCCGAUCCAAAUCAGGUGAUAUACUGCUCUUCUGUAAGGGAGCAGACUCUUCCAUGUUCCCCCGUGUCAGGCAGGAAGAGGUUGAAAGGAUACGCAUGCAUGUGGAGCGUAAUGCAACAGAGGGCUACCGGACACUGUGUGUAGCCUACAAAUAUCUCAGUGCUGAGGAGUAUAAUCAGGCAGACAAAGGACUGAGGGAAGCAAGACUGGCUCUGCAGGACAGAGACGAGAAGCUCAUGGCUGUUUACAACCAAGUGGAGACUGGGAUGAGUCUAAUAGGAGCCACCGCUGUAGAAGAUCGGCUCCAAGAGGAGGCAGCAGAGACCAUGAUGGCUCUUCAGGGCGCAGGCAUUAACGUUUGGGUUCUCACGGGGGACAAGAUGGAGACGGCAAAGUCCACCUGUUAUGCUUGUCGGCUGUUCCAAAGAAACACUGAGCUGUUGGAACUAACAGUGCGCACACUGGAGGACGGAGGAAGGAGGCGUGAGAAACGACUGCAUGACCUCUUGAAUGAAUACUAUAAAAAGGCCGUGCUGGAUGCACCACCAGUUAAGGGAGGAGUCACCAGGAGCUGGUCUUCUACGAACCAAGACUAUGGUUUUAUUAUCGAUGGAGCCACUCUCUCAAUGGUGCUCAACUCCUCUGAAUCCAACUCGAGUCGCUACAAGAACCUGUUCCUGCAGAUUUGCCAAAACUGCACCGCCGUGCUCUGUUGCCGAAUGGCGCCUCUACAAAAGGCCCAGAUUGUGAAGAUGGUGAAGAACUCCAAAGGCAGCCCAAUCACACUUUCAAUCGGAGAUGGUGCCAAUGAUGUCAGCAUGAUUUUGGAAGCUCAUGUUGGCAUUGGUAUUAAAGGUAAAGAGGGCCGACAGGCAGUGAGGAACAGUGAUUAUGCCAUCACCAAACUCAAGCACCUCAAGAAACUUUUGUUGGUUCAUGGACAUCUCUACUAUGUCCGCAUUGCACACCUGGUGCAAUAUUUCUUUUACAAGAACCUUUGCUUCAUCUUACCUCAGUUUUUGUACCAGUUCUUCUGCGGCUAUUCCCAGCAACCCCUGUUUGAUGCGGCCUAUCUGACGAUGUACAACAUCUGCUUCACCUCUAUGCCCAUCCUGGCUUACAGCCUCUUUGAGCAGCACAUCAGCAUUGAGGUUCUGCUGGACAAUGCUACCCUCUACAGAGAGAUUGCCAAGAAUGCCAUGUUACGAUGGGGACCAUUCCUCCAGUGGACAUUACUCAGUCUCUACCAUGGUUUGCUCUUCUUCUUUGGCGUCCGUUUUCUGUUCAGUAACCCAGCACUGCAAGACAAUGGCCAGGUUUUUGGAAACUGGUCCUUUGGAACAAUUAUCUUCACAGUUCUUAUCUUCACUGUUACACUUACGCUUGCUUUGGACACGCGGCACUGGACAUGGAUCAACCACUUUGUCAUCUGGGGUUCCCUGGCCUUCUAUGUGUUUUUCAGCUUCUUCUGGGGAGGAAUAAUAUGGCCGUUCCUGAAGCACCAGCGCUUGUACUUUGUGUUUGCUAACAUGCUGAGCUCAGUGUCGACCUGGCUGGUCAUCAUCUUGCUCAUCCUGCUCAGCCUAAUGCCAGAGAUCCUGCUCACGGUGUUCUGUAAGCCUCGCGGCUCCAACGCUCGACAGAGAAAGCUGGUUCAGUCGAGCGUUGGGGACCUCCAGUCUCCCCGGUCCUCAGCCAGACCCCUGCUCAUGAGAACCUUUUCAGACGAGUCCAAUACAGUCAUUUAAGCAGCUGUCAGAUCAUGGCCGUCUAUGGACAUCCAGAUUGCAGCUGUGACACCAAUGUCCUAUAAGCACCUGAUGGUCGGCGACUAAAACGUCAGCAAGGAUCUGAAACAACAGUGACAUUUAGCCACAGUCGGGAUGGUAGUUGGGUAAGAGCUGAUCUGAAGAGAGGAGGAAAUGACGAGGAGAAAAAAAAAAAAAAGGAGAGAUGAAAAUGGAUGUAGCAGUUUUUUGGACCCGUGUCUUUCUGCUCCAUCCUUCUCUGUUCACUUCCGACAGCUCCUAACACCCCCCCCCCCCCCACGCAUGCCUGCAGAGCAGUGCCCCGCACUACUUUUUAAAAUAUCAACAAAGAUGAUAGGCAUGAGUUUUCUUCAUUUCUUUGACUUUUUUUUUUCUUUUUUUUGUUUGUUUGUUUUGUUAUAAAUACUCGCUUACUAUUGAAUGCAUUUACACAUCGGCCUUGUCAGUAGCUCUAUCCACCUGCUGUGUUUUAACAAGCAGUUGUUAUAUCCACUCCAAGAAUGGUUCACCUGCAUGAAAGAAGGCUCAGAGGAAAAGCUUUACUCCACUGUUCAGACACUGUGUUCUGCAAUGUUUUUUUUUUGUUUGUUUGUUUUAUUAUAAAGACAUCAUGUUACCUUUCUCAAUAAUUAUAAUUAAAAUCAUGAUUAUACUUUACAGGUACUACAAUUUUCAGCGGUUCUUCUUCACAGGUUCUAGAGAAAAUUUGCUCAUCAACAGGUCAAAGAACAGGUCACUGAAUGAGAUUUUUUUUUUUGGGUUUCUAUAUAAUGAUUUAGUCUCAAUACUUCUUGUUGUCUCUUUAACACUAAGUUUGAGUCUUUUUUUUGAAGAUAAGAGAAUUUAAUGGAGUCUGACCACUCAAUCCAAAAAGUGAGAGUAUAUAUUUAUAUAUGCAAGAUUAAGAGAUAGAUUAGAGAAAUAUGAAGUAUAUAUAUGUAUGCUGGAAAUAUUCCGGCGAGACGGAAAUCUUCAAAAUCUCAGAGAUAAUUUAAGAGAGUCCAAUGAGAACGAGAGAAAUUAAUAUAUGUAUUGUACUCUAUUGUGUAUAGCUUAGAGAUGUUUGACAGCAUCUGCUCAAAGCCAAAAAAAGGUGAACGUGAUGAAAUCAGACUCUGUCCACACUAGUGUGACCUUAAAUUGACAAGUCUGUUUGUCUGUGUGUACUAUGAGAAAAAAAAAAAGAGUUAGAAAUGACGGUUGUGUUGAUGAAAACCAGGAUUACAUGAUGUCGAUGUGGUUUGAUUAAGACUUUUCUUGCACUAUUAACAACGGUUUUCCAGUCGGGUCGAUUUUUUGCAUACACGGGCACAUAUCUGCGCACGGAGAACACGCACUCCAUCCUGAAGGAGGUAUAUAAAUAUACUGUAUGUCCAUUUCACACAGUCUAGUCUAGAAUUUGUCUCGCUGACUCUUUGGAGUGUAAAGAAAAAAAGCUCAUGUUACUGUGAUGGUCAUGUAAUUUAUUAUGUUUUUGGAUUGUUCAGCCUUUAACUACUAUUAUGUGUGUGUUUUCAUACAUUCCAUUUCAACACGCCAUACGUUCAGACUCUUAAAGAUACUGUUUUUGUAAUCCUUCUUUUGUUUUUCACUCCACAAACAUAUUAUUGUCUUUUUGGCAUAUUUAUUGUUCCGUGUGAUUUUACUCACAAAUGUUAUAUUUUAUUACACAAAUCUUUCUUUUUUAUUAUUAUUAUUAUUAUUAUUAUUAUUAUUACUACUGUGGUAGAGUUGUCAGCUGUGGCGGUCAUUUAAGUUAAGCCUGUGUCACUCCAGCCCUGAUGUGAGGCUGUGCCAAUCCAGUUUGAUCUUUGUCGUGAUAUACUAAAACAGGCAGCCCCCACAUCAACCUCUGAACCUCUUUUUGCCACGUGACGUGACUCUCGCUUAAAGGAAUACUUCCCCCAUUUGCAUUUAGCUGUGUAUUACUAGAAUAGGGGUAGUAUUUUUGAAAAAUUGUGCUUCCCAACCCCAGUUUCCCCUAAGUAGAGAAAUAUCUUCUUUCUCCUUUUUGUUACGUGCCCACCAGUGACACUUGUUAGCAUAAUUGUCCUGUUAGCAUAAUUGUUAGCAAAGAUGGCGGACACUGUUUACAUUCUGGGAAUGAGGUGCCGUCCCCCUACGUGUGGGUCUAAAAAGUGCGGGGCUUUCCGAGGCUUGAAACUGCAACGCUAAUUCCGCACUUUUUAGACCCAGAAUGUAAACAGUGUCCGCCAUCUUUGCUAACAGUGACGCUAACAGGACCAAGUUUCACUGGCGGGCACGUAGCAAAGAAAAAAAUGAAGAUAUUAAACUGAGGUUGGGAAGCACAAUUUUUAAAAAAUACGACCGAUAUUCUAGUAACACACAGCUAAAUGCAAAUCAGUGACGUCUUCCUUUAAAACGGAGGAGCCGCUGUCGCUAAUCAUUGAUGUAUUGCUCGGUGGAGUUUGUAUCGUGAUCUUAAACGUUCACCGAUUGCUCCUCCAACAACACUGAUCCUGUGUCUCACCCCCACAGACUGUAGCCUGACGUAUCUGAUACAAAGGUUACACAGCAACAAUAUUUCUCAAUUUCUCAGCGCCAUUUUCUACUCCGUAAGUUUGUCUGAUGUUAGGUUUGUGACGGAGGUCGUUCCCGAUCCUCCGCACCGCACUGUGUGCCAGAGGAUACCAGACGUCAGAGGAUCCGUUGAGCGGGGUUGCCUGCUUUGUUAACUGAAAAACCUUUAAGUGACAUAAGAGAUGCUAUUUUCUUCAAAUCUAAUGUUUUGCCUGUCUAAUGAAAAGCAUAAAAGAAUGAACUGUAUUUUUAAUGCAACCUUUUUCCAGCCACUUUUUGUAAGAAAAUCAAAACGGGGGGGGGGGGGAAGGGGCACGAGAGGCUCUUUGGUUGUGGAUGCUGUCCCUGUGUGUGAGGGGUGGCGGUGGACACCUUCAGACACCUCGGCACUGAUGUGUCCAAUAGCAGGGACUCCGCCACCUCCAGCCCUUGAGGGCCUCCAGCCUCAACACUUCAAACCUCCCAAGUUGAAUGUACCUCUUUGAAACUAGUAUAUUCAAAACCUGGAGAUUUUCCUUAAUAAAGCAGACUGUUUUGAAGAUAAA